AUGGCCGCGCGCGGCGGGACGUGGGCGCUGCUGGCCGCGCUCUGCCUGGCGCUGCCGCCCUGCCUGGCGCUGCCGCCGGCCGCCCGCAGCAUCCGCGACUGCCGCCCGCGCUCCCGGGCGCUGCUGGCCGCGCUCGGCGGCUCCCUGCGGCGCCUCCAGGUGUUCAACACACUGGGAUUCGAGUGCACCCUGGAAGAGGUUGACUUGGAGGAUAUCACUGCGAGUCAAGUGAACACCCUCAAAGCCUGCAUGUCGGAGGACUCGGGGGCUGGAAACUGUCCAAUGCUGGAAAGAGAUACUUUAGAUAAGAAUAAAUGCCUGCAAGGCAUCUACAAUGAUCUGAACACCUAUAGGGUAGAGCUGAAGGAUUUCAACGACCAAAAGGUGCUGACGACUAUUGAUGAGAUGAUGCAAGCGCUGCGCGGCGGCGGCCCCCGCGCGCCCCGGCCCUCGUCCCGCGCGGCGCUGACGUUCAAGGAGCGCAUGAGGCUCUGCAGCCUCCUCCAGGCCUUCUGGAUCCGCACGGUCACCAUCAACAGGAUGCUCGACUACUUGGCGUCGCUGGAGAGCUCCCUGUGA